AUGACAGCAGACCCAAAUACAGAAGACUCAGCAUUAAACCGUGGUAUUGUCGUAUUUUCCGGUGGAAGUGCAGCCAACAGCCUGGUAGACGCUUUCAAUACAGUGAGGGCCAAUAAACAGUGUCUUCUCAACUAUGUUAUCCCCAUAUCCGACAACGGCGGCUCAACAUCAGAAUUGAUACGAAUUUUUGGCGGUCCCGGAAUUGGAGAUGUUAGAAGUAGAUUGGUACGGCUGAUACCGGAUUCAGCACCGGACUCAGAACGAGCUGCAGUAAAAGCUCUUUUCAACCAUAGGCUGGAUGCCGAUGCCACUGCAGCUAGAGAAAAUUGGCAGUCCAUUGUGGAUGGUACUUCACCCUUAUGGUCAGCCAUUACACCGGCUAAGAAGGAGCUGAUUCGAUCGUUUUUCAAUUACCUCAAUCUUGAGAUUCUGAAAAGAGCACGUCCACCUACUUCUACUUUCGACUUUAGUUCUGCAAGUGUCGGAAACCUCUUCCUGACAGGUGCGCGCCUUUUCACUGGUAGCUUCGAGAGCGCCAUUCAUCUUUUGGGUAGUAUAGGCGGAGUUUCAUCGGACCUGGUCCGCGUUAUUCCCGCCAUCAACUCCAACUUUUCACACCACAUCUCCGCAUCUCUUGAAGAUGGAUCUGUAAUUGUCGGGCAAAACAGCAUUUCACACCCAAGCAAUGCCCCCGGAUCACCUAAACUAAGUAGGAGAAGGGCUAGCCUGCUCUUAGCGGACGGAGACGCCAACGAUUCUGAUUACCUUGACAUGGACGAUGCGACUUCAUAUCAAGACGAUCAUAUACCUGGCUCAUUACCUAGCCUGCGACAUAAGAAUAUCACAUUCAAUAAAGCCGAUACGGAGGAACUCCCUUCUCGUAUUUCGCGUAUCUGGUACAUCAACCCGUAUGGCCAGGAGAUUCGACCACCGGCUAAUCCGCGAGUACUGGAGGCCAUAAAUGACAGCCAAGCGAUCAUAUACAGCAUUGGUUCGUUAUAUACAUCUAUUAUACCAUCACUUAUUUUGAGAGGGGUCGGAAAAGCAAUUGCCAUGAGUCCAGCGCGCCACAAGAUUCUAAUUCUGAAUGGUUCGCUGGAUCGAGAAACGGGACCAGCGACAAAGCCGUUUACGGCGGUGGAUUUUGUGGAAGCUAUUGUCAAAGCUGGAGAGGAAAGUCGCGGGAGAGGAGGAGCUGUUGCGAAUAUAGGACGAGACGGCGGUAGGCCUCGGAGUAUGGAUGCAGUCAUGAGCAGUCUGCCUAGUUCAUCUAUCGCUACGAAUCUACUCAUUACACCGGAAUCAACUCUGCCAAGCAUUAUUGAGCCAUCAUCCUCAUCACUAGAAGGCAAGAAACCGCUUCCAUACACAUCAUACGUCACGCACAUUCUGCACCUGGAGGGUCCAGGAACACCAACAGUAGAUCGCGAACGGCUUUCUGCUAUGGGUAUCGAGACGCUGCGAUUAUAUGGGCGGAAGGUAUUUUCGAAUGAUGGGGCCGUCUUGGGAAUGCGAUAUGAUUCUACUGCUCUUGUUCAGGCGUUGGAGGUAGUGUUGGGGAAGAAGGGGGAUGCAAUGGUUCGGGGGAAGUUGGGUGGUGGUGUUAGUAGACGGAAUACUUUGGAAGGAGGUUUUAAGGAACGAUAG